CGCACCCUCCGCCGCCGCCACCCCCAGCGCCCCCGGCCCCUCCGCCCCGGGCGCCCCCCGCUCCCCCUCCGGGCCCGGCCCGCAUCGGGCACUACGAGGUGGAGCGCACCAUCGGGAAGGGGAACUUCGCCGUCGUCAAGCUGGCCACACACCUCCUCACCCGCGCCAAGGUGGCCAUAAAGAUCAUUGAUAAGACUCAGCUGGAUGAGGAGAACCUCAAGAAGAUAUUCAGGGAAGUUCAGAUCAUGAAGAUGCUCUGCCACCCCCACAUCAUCCGGCUGUAUCAGGUUAUGGAGACGGAGCGGAUGAUUUAUCUGGUGACGGAGUAUGCCAGCGGAGGAGAAAUAUUUGAUCACUUGGUGGCCCACGGGCGCAUGGCCGAAAAAGAGGCCCGGAAGAAGUUCAAGCAGAUCGUGGCCGCCGUGCACUUCUGCCACUGCCGCAACAUCGUCCACAGGGAUCUCAAGGCUGAGAACCUGCUCCUGGAUGCCAACCUGAACAUCAAAAUCGCAGAUUUUGGAUUCAGUAAUAAAUUCACUCCGGGGCAGCUGCUGAAGACCUGGUGUGGGAGCCCGCCGUACGCAGCUCCGGAGCUUUUUGAGGGGAAGGAGUAUGACGGGCCAAAGGUGGACAUCUGGAGCCUUGGCGUGGUGCUCUACGUCCUGGUCUGUGGGGCCUUGCCCUUUGACGGGAGCACGCUGCAGAACCUGCGGGCGAGGGUCCUGAGCGGGAAGUUCCGCAUUCCGUUCUUCAUGUCCACAGAGUGUGAGCACUUGAUCCGCCACAUGUUGGUGCUGGAGCCCAGUCGGCGGCUCUCCAUGGAGCAGAUCUGCAAGCACAAGUGGAUGAAGCUCGGGGAGGUGGACGCGGAGUUCGACACGUUAAUAGCCGAGUGUCAGCACCUGAAGGUUGAGCGACAGAUGGAGCCCCUGAACGAGGAGGUGCUGCUGGCCAUGGCUGAGAUGGGGCUGGACAAGGAGCACACCUUGCAGUCGCUGAGCACGGAUGCCUACGAUCACUACAGUGCCAUCUACAGCCUGCUCUGUGACCGCCAGAAGAGGCAUAAGAACCUGCGGAUUCCCACGCAACCCGGCCUGCCGAGGGCCAUGGCCUUCUCCGCAGCAGCCGUUGCCAGCAUCCAGGCAGAGCAAGGAGGCAACACGGUGAGCAUCAGCGUCCCUCAGGUGCAGCUCAUCAACCCGGAGAACCAGAUCGUGGAGACGGACGGGACCAUGAACCUGGAUUCCGACGAAGGAGAAGAGCCCUCUCCCGAAGCCCUGGUCCGCUACCUCUCCAUGCGCAGGCACACGGUGGGAGUGGCCGAUCCUCGCACGGAGGUGAUGGAGGAUCUCCAGAAGUUGCUGCCAGGCUUCCCCCGCGUUGCGCCUCAAGCCCCCUUCUUGCAAGUGGCGCCCAACAUGAACAUGCCCGCCAACAUGCUGCCCAUGCAGCACCUCCAGCCCACUGGCCAGUUGGAGUACAAGGAGCAGUCCUUGCUGCAGCCCCCGACUCUGCAGCUGCUGAACGGGAUGGGGCCCCUGGGGCGGAGGGCCUCGGACGGAGGGGCCAACAUCCAGCUGCACGCCCAGCAGCUCCUCAAGCGGCCCCGGGGCCCUUCGCCACUCGUUACCAUGACGCCAGCCGUGCCCGCCGUGACCCCCGUGGACGAGGAGGGCUCGGACGGAGAGCCGGACCAGGAGGCCGUGCAGAGAUACUUGGCCAACAGGUCAAAAAGGCACACCCUGGCAAUGACCAACCCCACCGCGGAAAUCCCGCCCGACUUGCAGAGGCAGCUAGGACAGCAGCCCUUCCGCUCCCGGGCUCCCCACAUGGCACCCGACCAGCACCGCUACAUCUACAAGGACUCCAACACCCUGCACCUGCCCACCGAGCGCUUCUCCCCGGUCCGCCGCUUCUCCGACGGGGCCGCCAGCAUCCAGGCGUUCAAGGCCCAGCUGGAGAGGAUGGGCAACCACAGCAGCAUCAAGCAGCUCCAGCAGGAGUGUGAGCAGCUCCGGAAGAUGUACGGGGGCCACAUGGACGAGCGCACUCUGGAGAAGACACAGCAGCAGCACAUCUUGUACCAGCAGGAGCAGCACCACCAGAUCCUCCAGCAGCAGAUCCAGGACUGCGUCUGCCCUCCGCAGCCCUCUCCGCCCCUCCAAGCGCCAGGGGAGAACCAGCCCGCUCUGCUCACCCACCAGCUCCAGAGGUUACGGAUCCAGCCCUCCAGCCCUCCUCCGAACCACCCGAGCAACCAUCUCUUCCGGCAGCCCGACAGCAGCCCCCCUCCCACCGGCAGCAGCGUCCACCAGGGCCACGGUGCCGCCUCCCCGUCGCUGUUCCAAGGGAUGCCUUCCCACGGUGCCAUCUUCCAGCCGUCGGGCAGCUGCUCCCCUCCGCCGGCGCUGGCGCUCUCUUGCCUGCAGGCUCAGCCGGCGGUGGCCAUGCAGAUGCAGGAGAGCGGGGAGAUGAUGGGUGGGACCCUCCUGCAGGCCGGGCAGGGCCUGCCCAUCGCCCCCAGUGCCAACCAGCUGCAGAUGCACCACCACCGGGCCAGCCUCAUGGCCUCCCUCUCCUACGGACCCAGGCCGCUCUCCAAGCAGCUCAGCGCCGACACCACGGAGACACACAGGUACCCAUCCUCUGGCUACGACCAGGUGCACGCGCAUCCCCACCUUUUCCCGGAGCAGUCCCGGGCCCCUCCCGGCCCCUACGGCCCACCCACCGCCGUGGGCUUCUCCCCCUCGCAGGCCAUGAAAGUGCCGUCGAUGGAGCCGUUUGCGGCCUUCCCCCAGAGCGGCCAGCCCCUCCCGCAGCAGCACUACGCCUCGGCCUUGCAGCAGGCCCUGCUCUCCCCCACGCCGCCGGACUACAGCCGGCACCAGCAGGUCCCGCACUUCCUGCAGGGCCUGCUCUCUCCCCGCCACUCGCUCACGGGCCACGGGGACCUGCGGUUGCCCCAGGCGGAGGUGGCGCAGAUCCUCAAGCGGCGGCAGCAGCAGCAGCAGCAACAGCAGCAGCAGCAGGAGUUCCAGGAGCUGAUCCGGCACAUGAGCCACGGGGAGGGCGGGCACCACGCGGUCUCCAGCGUGGCCCAGAAACUGUCGGAGCGCCACUCCCUCUCGCCUUACCAGAACACGGACUCAUACCACCCGCACCACGGACACCACCCCCAGCACCACCACACCAGCCCCCAGCACCUCCUGAAAGUGCGGGCGCACGACGGCCUCCAGGCGCAGGGGCCGGCCCACGUCUACGCCCCCUCGCCUGCCCUGCUCCACUCCGAGAGCAUGGAGGAGGAGGAGGAGGAGGAAGAGGAGGAACAGGCCGUGGUGGACUGUUCUUGCGAGGGGGACAGGGACGGCUUUCCGGGUAGUAAGACCAAAGGUGGCCGCCAUCACCAGCACCACCACCACCAUCACCACCACCAAGAGCCCCAGUUGCUCCUGAGCGUGGGGGGCCCGGGGGACCUGGAGGCCUUUUAUGGGACCGCUAAGCAGGAGCAGGAAAUGGGGGGCCACCCGUACCGGCCCCAGCCCAUGGCAACAUCCGCCUUCAGCCGGAACGAGGCAUCCUGCCAAGACCCCAUGGUGGCCGGUUGCAUGGAGAGGCACUCCUCACCUCGGCAGGUGGAGAUGGCCGACGCAGAAGGGCUGGGGCCUUAUUCGGCCAGAGCCGUCCCCGGACCGCACCACAGAGCCCGCCCUCUGCAGAGACACCACACUAUCCAGAGCAGCGAGGACGCCUACGUGCAACUGGACACCCUGCCGGGCAUGAGCCUCAUGGCGGGGAAGGUGCUCAGCUCCGCCCGCAUGGCCGACGCCGUGCUCAGCCAGUCCUCCCUGAUGGGCAGCCAGCCGCUCCACGACGGGGAAGGGGCAGACGGCGAGGGACACUUGGAAGGAGAGGAGCACCUGGCCCUCGGGGAGAGCAGCCAGCACCUGAACGCCUCUUGCUACCCCUCCACCUGCAUCACAGAUGUCCUUCUGAGCUACAAGCACCCGGAGGUGCCCUUUGGCAUGGAGCAAGCCGGGGUCUAGAGAGGCGGCGGGCUACAGGGUAUGUACAGCUUUGGAAGAAGAAAAAAAGGUCCAUUUCAAAACCAACAGUAUCUUGCAGCAUUGCCCCCAAAGGCCGUAGCAUUUCUCCUGGAUGGAAAUUUUACGGCGGUGAUGGCGGCGGCAGCAGCGGCUUCUCUCCUCCGACUCCUCCGAUUCCUCCUCUCCGGUUCAACAGCGCGCUUGUUCCCAUGCGAAGCCCACCAUUGCCAUAUCCCUCCCCUGCGAUGGGAGCCGUUUGCAGGGCGCAUUCGGGGAGUAGGGGGUGCGCCGCCCGCCUUGGAAAGAGGCCCACGCUUUGCCCAACCAAGGUGGCGGCGAGGAGCUCCGGACACCUGCACGCAACGCCAUGGCGCUCGGGACAGGUUUCCCCAAAACGGCGACACCGUCAGAGCAGGGGCCGAGCGCGUGACGGACAGACGCGGGGAGGGGGGCGGAACCGCUGUCCAAACCCACGCCCGCCUUGCUUGCCUUGCCCCCUUUCCCCUCCUCCCCACUCUUUGGCGGUGGCAACGUGGGCUCUCCCCUUUC